GGCGCUUUUUAUGUCGAUCUCGAUCACCCAUAAGCUUAUACAUCUCAGAAGAAAACAAAUGUAGUUUGACCACGUUUUCUGCACAGAGAACAUAACAAGUUGCCAUCAUGUCAGGGGCAUCUUUAUCUCUGUGGAUGGGAGAUUUGGAGCCAUAUAUGGAUGACUAUUUCAUAACUUCUGCAUUUGAACAGAUGGGAGCAACAAUCAAGUCAAUGAAAUUGAUUAAAAAUAAGGUCACAGGUCUCCCAGCUGGCUACUGUUUCAUUGACUUCCAUGAUGCAGAGAAGGCUCAUGAUGCAAUGCUGAAGCUGAAUGGAAAAAUAAUUCCCAACAGUAAUCCUCCCAAGAGGUUCAAGCUGAACACAUCUAGUCAUGGGAAGGAACACUUAGCAGUACCAGAAUUUUCUCUUUUCAUUGGUGACCUCUCCAUGGAUGUUGAUGACUAUGUGUUAUAUUAUGCUUUUGCGAAGAAAUACAGAUCUUGUAGAUCUGCAAAAGUUGUACUAGAAAACAGUGGACGCAGUAAAGGUUAUGGAUUUGUUCGCUUCUCAGAAGAAACAGACCAGCAGAGAGCUCUGAUAGAAAUGCAGCAUAUGACUGGCAUUGGGUCAAAGCCUAUCCGUGUGAGCCUGGCAACACCAAAACGGCCGAUGCCUCAAGAUAUGUCAGGAGGUGUCCAUUAUAGUAACUACUAUGGCCACAACUAUCCCUACAGUGCUACGUACUACAACUACUACAACUCACAUACUUACUACAACAACCAGGACUAUACAACACGCCAGGUAUGUAUACCAGGACUACAACACGCCAGGUAUGUAUACCAGGACUAUACAACACACCAGGUAUGUAUACCAGACUACAACACGCCAGGUAUGUAUACCAGGACUAUACAACACGCCAGGUAUGUAUACACAAGUCCUACACUACAACCACCAGGACUAUACAACACACCAGGUAUGUAUACCAGGACUAUACAACACACCAGGUAUGUAUACCAGGACUAUACAACACACCAGGUAUGUAUACCAGGACUAUACAACACGCCAGGUAUGUAUACACAAGUCUUACACUACAACAACCAGGAAUAUACAACACACCAGGUAUGUAUACACAAGUCCUACACUACAACAACCAGGUCUACAACACACCAGGUAUGUAUACACAAGUCCUACACUACAACAACCAGGAAUAUACAACACACCAGGUAUGUAUACCAGGACUAUACAGCACACCAGGUAUGUAUACCAGGACUAUACAACACACCAGGUAUGUAUACACAAGUCCUACACUACAACAACCAGGAAUAUACAACACACCAGGUAUGUAUACCAGGACUAUACAACACACCAGGUAUGUAUACCAGGACUAUACAACACACCAGGUAUGUAUACCAGGACUAUACAACACGCCAGGUAUGUAUACACAAGUCCUACACUACAACAACUAGGUCUACAACACGCCAGGUAUGUAUACCAGGACUAUACAACACGCCAGGUAUGUAUACCAGGACUAUACAACACACCAGGUAUGUAUACCAGGACUAUACAACACGCCAGGUAUGUAUACCAGGACUAUACACCACGCCAGGUAUGUAUACCAGGACUAUACAACACACCAGGUAUGUACACACAAGUCCUACACUACAACAACCAGGACUACAACACACCAGGUAUGUAUACCAGACUACAACACGCCAGGUAUGUAUACCAGACUACAACACGCCAGGUAUGUAUACCAGGACUAUACAACACACCAGGUAUGUAUACCAGACUACAACACGCCAGGUAUGUAUACCAGGACUAUACAACACACCAGGUAUGUAUACCAGACUACAACACGCCAGGUAUGUAUACCAGGACUAUACAACACGCCAGAGUGGACAUCAUGAACAUAACACUGAGGAGGACGUAGAUGCUUUAGAAGAACCAGAAUUAGAAGUUGACAUUUUCAGAUACAACAAGGACUACAUGGAACAGAGUGAGGAAAUCUUUGAGGCAAUAGAAUUAUCUCGAUGGACACCAUUGGACAGCAUUGCAUCCAAAGUCACCAAUCACAUGAUCUGAUCUGACAUGGACACUUGUCAUCAAACACUAGUAAUCAUGAGUUGAAAGGAAGAUGGAAGAAAGAAUUUGAAAGUUGAUAAUAUGAUGUUUGUUGUAUGGAUGAACUAUCAUUUCCUUGAGACACUGACUGGUCAUACAAUCUAAUUAAAUUGUACAUUUGUAUGCAAGAAAUCAUUGUGUCAUUAAUUACUGUAACAUAAUCAAGUUCAAUAGGAUUUUAGAUAUGCUGAUUAAUAAUAUAUGUUUGUGGUCAAGUGAAAUGUGAGAACUGUAUUAUUAAAAUGUGAGAACUAUACUCUUAUGCAUUUUUGUUGGUUUAUCGGAGAUUAAUUGAAACAAAUCAGUAAGUAAUGGAUAAAUCUGCAUUUCAAACUUUUCAUGAAAUUGAUGAGGACAAGUUAAGGUUGAAAUUGUGAUUAUCACAUGUGAAAUGUAUAAUGACUUGGUUUAUUUCAGAAUAUUUUCAUUGAAUAAACACCAGAUGAAAUAUA